UGUUAGCGGAGCAUUGGUUACCUUAGGUCAAACUGGCUUCCCGAGCGCGCUCCGUUCCUGCCGCUGUUUUCGCGUGUUCCUAUCAUUUCAUCAGCUUUGCCGCUAAUAUUGUAGCGCUAGUUUUCUUUGGGACUUCGACAGUAAUGGAAGCAUUUACCGAAAUUCUGUCGCAGUACCCUCAGAUACUGUAUGGGGGAGUCGGAGCUGCGGCUGCUGGAACGUUGAUUUACAAAAUUUCAACGAGAAAGAAGCCAACGCAUGUGAACGUGAACUGCUGGUUUUGCGACCAGGACACAGAGGUCCCCUACGGGAACCGGAACUGCUGGGACUGCCCCUACUGUGACCAGUACAACGGGUUCCAGGAGAACGGAGACUACAACAAGCCCAUCCCGGCGCAGUACCUGGAGCACCUGAACCACGGCGUGUCUCCGGGCUUCUCCCUGCACGAGUCGCCCAGGAGGCCGCAGCGCGUCAACGGCCAGCUGCUGCUCUGCAAGAAGUGCAACAACAACCAGACGCUGAAAAUCAGGCAGCUGUCCUCCUUCCUGCCCCGGGAAGACGACAAGUACGAUGAAGAGAUCGAGGUGUACAAGCACCACCUGGAGCAGACGUACAAGCUGUGUCGGCCGUGUCAGACGACCGCGGAGUACUACAUCAAGCACCAGAACCGGCAGUUGCGCGCCCUGCUCUUCAACCCCCAGCUCCGACGCAGCCGCGACACGGACAAGGCCUUCGUGAAGAACACAUACUCCUUCUCCACGCCGGUGCGAGUGAUACUCUUUCGGGUGCUGGCGUUCCUGGCCUCUGUCUUCCUGGUUUCGGUGGGCGUGUAUGGGUCCGGAGACCCCGCGCAGUCUCGCGGAGAGGGGGCGGGCGGUCCCAAUGUCACGGCCCAGCCCCAGGGGAACGCCAGCGGGGGCGGCGGCGGGCCGCUCUGGGGGGACCUGCUGGACCUGGUCCCAGAGGAGCUCCUGGAGCAGGCCAGGGUGCUGCUGCUCCUGGGCGGGAGCCACCAGAUGGCUGUGGUCUCCCUGGGACUCCUCGCCUGCGUUACCGGCGUCCUGCUGGCUGGACCUGCCAGGUUGAGGAGAAUCGACGCUGUGGCCUCUGUCCUGUGGUUCCUGCUGUUGACCCUGUACCUGCUGGAGAGCUACCUGAAGACGGACUUUGCCGGCUGGCUGGACACGCUCAAGUUCAGCACCGCAUCGCUUUGCUGUCUGGUUGGAUUCGCUGCUGCCGUGGCAACCCGCAGGUCCCCGGGCCAGAGAAGAACAAGAGGACGAAGGUAUCUCUCUGGCAGCUCAUUGGGGUCCUUCUACAGUGGCCAGCCGGCCCCCCCGCUCGCUCCCUCCCUGUCGGAGUCCUCCUCCUUCGUCCCCACGCCUCCCCCAAACCUGUCGCACCUCCUCAGCCGCCAGCUGAACCACCGAGUCCGCAAGGCCUCCCCCUCCUCCCUGCCGGGACGUCUGAACCGGGCCCUGUCUCUGGGCACCAUCCCCUCUCUCGCCCGCACAGAUUCGGGCUAUCUGUUCAGUGGAAGCCGGCCGUCCUCCCAGUGUAAAGACUCCCCACCGUCAGAUUAUUUCUCCCUGAAGUCCGCGAGCCGGCCCUCCUCCCCCGGCCCCUCCCCCGCCCCCUCAGUGGCCGGGUCCGUCACCUCCACCUCCAGCUCGGCCCGUCAGCGUCGCCCCCUCAUAAGCCCCGCCCGCCUGAAGCUGGGCGGGCAGAAGCUGCAGCUCUUCUCCUCCCACCCCGAGCCCCCAGUGCUUCUGGCUCCGCCCCCCUGCCCCUCGGAGCAUACCAACUUCCACAGCGGGGGGUUCUCCCCGGAGGGCUCCUCCCCCUUCUCCUCGCCCAACCAUGAGCUGAGCUCCCUGCUGGAGGACAGCAGUGUGUUCGAGGACGCGCAGGAGAAGAAGAAGGCCAACACGUCCACAUCCUCAGCCUGCCUGGUGGACACCACCACUGGGGCCGGGCCUGACAGCCCCAAGUGGAGGGGUGUGCUGGGAUGUUCUCUGUGGCCAGGCCUGCUUUGUGCCAGCCUCACUGCCAACCUGAUCUUCAGCGCCCUGUACAUGUACAGCACCUGGAGCUGAGCCCAGUUACAGACGCUCUCCUUCUCUCUGCGAUCCAACCCCCGCCGUCCAAUCGCACCUGAGCGUUCAAACCCGCCGUCCAAUCCCAUCUGAGCACACUGCAAGGGGAGGGGCUCUGUCUGCGGACGUGGGGUUGUUUCGUUCCUCUGAUCGUUUGACUGGACUGAACAGACUGAUCCCUCUCUUCAUCUGAGGACACUGAUCAUGGUUUUAGUCUUCUGAAUUUUAUACUGAGGGGGUACGUGAUGCGGGUCCUACCACGGUCGAAAUAUCGAUAAGAUACAUCGGCAGUGGUGCCGUGACUUUAUUUUUCGGAUCUUUGAUGCUGCUAAUUUAGUGUCUGUAUUAACUGCGGGGGAAUCUGUUCUUUGGGAAGUGUACCAAAAAUGGAAACCUUUUUAUUCUUCAUACAUCCUGAAAUGUGACUGAGCCCUUUUGGUGUCUGCUGCAGUAGGUUGAGGCUCCUACACAUUUUGUUACUCUGACAACAUUGACUUGAAAGACAGGAAGAGCGUUUCUGUGAUACAGUGUAAAUAACCAGUCUGUGAUUGUCCACACAAAGUUCUGUUUGGCUUAAGUGUACAGGUGUGUAAGUCUCUUAAGUGGGCGUUUAUUUUUCCCAGAGUUGAGCACAUAUUUAUUAUGAUACCAUUUUUGAGGUAUUGCACAACCUUUCCAGGAGGGUGGGCGACUGGGCGUCGCUGUUUCAGCUGAAAACGUAUUGGAUAAAAAUGUUCCGACACAAGAAGUGUUAUUACAGAAAUCAAGUCACUUUCAUUGCACAUUCCAGAACCUUCUUGGUUCUGCCGUUAUUGUUCAGGUCAUUGGGAGGGAAAGGCAAGUGUUUUUACGGUUAUUCAUUUAUUUCUCUACAAAGCUGUUUCUUAAAUGUUCUAGCAGGGCAGACAUUUUGUUGUCUUUCAUGUGAAGAGAAUGCAAAGUUAUAAAUCUUUAGCGUCC